UCAGGCAGUUGCAUGGGCAGUGUCGGAUAUCCCACACUACAGCGUCUCGCUUACUGUUUUGGUGGUGAUGUCGUGGUCCAAAAGUCUCGCAGUUAUUCCGGAGACUCUUACGGAAGAAAAAGUGGAAGCCUACAGCGCCUCAAAAAGGUUAGCGAAGCACAACGAUGAACGAAGUCACAAGUUUGCUGUGGAAAGCUACGUCCAAACCGCUUCGAUCGAAACGUCUUCGUACACAGAUAGUGACUCAACGCUUAUUCGUGUGCGCGCACUCUGCUACAGGAGCCAAAAAAAGACAGCUCCUGCGUACAAAGUGUCCGCUACUUUCUUCCAUGAUGGGAGCAUUCAAGAUUGCACGUGUGAAUGUGCUGUAAGAGAAAAUGGUGCCUGCCAUCACAUUCUGGGGCUACUUAAGGUGGUUUUGCUGCUCAAGGAGAAUGGCUAUAACGAAGCGCCACCUGAGCUUUCUUGCACUGAAUUGCCACAGCAGUGGAGACGUCCACGAGGAGAAAAAAUAACGGCGUGUGGUGUAGAUGAACUUGACUGGAGGGCUCCGAGACCUGGUGGACUUGAGCGUCCCACUCCUUCAAGGCUCUAUGAAGCACGCAAGAGACCAAGACUUGCACAUGAAGUACAGCUGGCUGCUCUCAAAUAUGGAGAGGCAUUAGAAACUCAUGCACCGUCUCCAUUUGCAAGACACCUCAGGAACAUGAAGGCAGUGCCCGCAACGUCUACUUUUGGGGAAACUUGUGUGGGAAGUUUGCUGUGGUGCCAAAAGACUGUACUGCCUCACCACUUCACAACGUAUAUAAGCCCGGACAUUCAGUUGGGUGUGACAGCACAUCCUCAUCACCCAACACCACCUGAACCCGACUUAUUUACGUCAACAACAGUGUUUGCUUCAUCAUCUGUGAGCCUGCCAAAUAAAGAAAGAGCCAUAUUUGAGACAUUGAUCCAAUCAAUUCAAGAUGCUCGUCUCCUGGAAAAGAGUAGCCGGCAGCAGAGCAAAAGUACUGAGUGGAAGAAGGCCCGAAAGUAUCGCCUGACUGCCUCCAACUUUGGGACUGUUGUUGCCCGUGAGAAAUGGACACCGAAAGGACUGCAGAACUUGACAAGUGACAAGGACCUGUCACGGGUGAGGGCUGUACAGUAUGGCAUCUCCAAUGAGCGACAGGCAGUACGGCGAUACGAGGCGGCACUUCGCACUGCUUUGCACGACGUCCAGACCUUUCACUGUGGACUGGUUGUAAGUCCAACAAGCCCAUGGCUCGGCGCUUCACCAGACCGGAUUGUGUGGGACCCACAAGAGAACUCCCAUGGCAUCAUUGAAGUGAAGUGUCCAUAUUCGAUGAAGGACAUGGAUGAGCCAACCACUCAAGGAUCGUGCCUGUACAAGGAUACUGACAAUGUUUUCAGGCUUGAUCGUCGGCACCAGUAUUAUUAUCAGCUUCUUGGGCAAAUGGCUAUCUGUGGGCUUUCCUGGGCAGAUUUUGUAGUGUACUCUCCCCAGUUUCUUGUGGUUGAGAGAAUCAAGUAUGAUGAUGCAGCUUGGCAGCAAUGCAAAGUGAAACUGAACAAGUUUUAUUUCAGCACAUUAUUGCCAUAUUUUGCAAGCAGAGAUCAUCCAUUGCAACCAAGCAACUCGUAAUUUUCUGCGGCAUAGUAAGGAAAGAAGCAUUGCUUUUGUAGGGCUUUGUA